AUGAUCCGCUUCCAAUUUCAGUUUUUGCCGGAAACCUUCUGUGGCCCGUAUAUCCCUCGCGCAUACCAGUACAGAAUCAAGCAUGACAAAGAAUUCAAAGGUGGAUUCAAUAUCCAUGCCCACUUUUUUGCUGAACCUCGCAGAGAUCUGAUGUUCGCUCAUGAUGACGACAUACUCGACUGCGACUACUUCAUACAAGAGUACAUUGUCUCAGAAGAGGGAUGGCAGAGACGUGCGGAUUCCUCACUCAAACUGUGGAGGAAGCUGAAAGAGGACAAACAUCCGAUUUUGAAGGCGUUCAAGGAGGAUCUCAAAACUUACGUUUUGGUUGGGACCCAACCUCCACAGAUGAAUGUACUGAAGGGUUGCGAGGUUUACAGCACGUAUGUUAGUAGAUUCAUGUUGAUAGCAAUGAGAGGACGUCAACGGUGCGGGAGAAUCGUCACUAUAGACGACGCCUUGUUCUCCUAUUGUAUGAUCCCGGAUUUCCUACGCAUAACGCAAGAGGCAGAGGUAACCGUCGGAGUUCGGCUGGGCUUCGUAAAAGCAAUGAUUGCAUUCUUCAAGUUUCUGCGAAGGCACGUCGAUCCAAAUGCCGGAAAACGUAGAAGAGAUCUGGCAAAGGAGGCGUAUAAGUCUUUGAGACAUUACUUGAAGAAUCCGAAACAAGAAGAACGGUCAGCUGCAUCGUUCAAAGGGGGCUACGUGGUGUAUGCUGCGAUGCGGGCGGUUGUUGACCACAGUGUCAUCGACAGUAUAAUCGAAGACAUAAUGAAGAAAUUUUCCAGGAAUGCAAAAGCUCUGCUUCACGCAGAGUAUAAUUUCGUAAUGAGCGCUCUGAUAGCCUACAUAAUGGUUUGCAACGCCACAAGAAAUGAGGUCGCCUACAAAACCAUUUGUGGCAGUGUUGUGGAGGUGAAUACACAAUCGAUGGGUCUAAUCAAGCAUACACAAGAGACCAAGGACUACUGGGUUGCACGCUUUCCGAACCCUAAACAGCGUACAAUGUCGCGCGAACUGACGACAUGCAAAAGUGGUCUUUUCGGGCUCGACAAGAAGUCGCAUCGGUGGUUGCAGUACUACAGAAAACUUCGAGCUAGCCUUGUGAGCCAACGUGAUGACAUCAGCCGCGAAGAGGACCAGUUCUUUUUGCUGUGGAGCGGAACGCCUGUGUCAUUCUCGUCUGUUUCUCCUCUUCUGAGACGCUUCUUCAAAAUUCUCAACUGUGAAGAAAUGGCUAUCACAUGCAAUGCGGUGAGACACGCAGCAAGCACUUCACAAUUCGACACCUACAUGGCUCAGAAGAAAGGAGAUACAUUGGACCCAGCUGACGCAAAUGUUGCCAUGUUGAUGGGCCACACGCAAAAAACGCAGUUGCUUCACUACGUGGACGAUUUCGUAGAGCCUGCUGUGAGAGCAUACCGAUGUUUACAGGCGAUGGCCAGGCGGCAGCAAAACUUGGACGAGAAGGAAGUGUUGGCGGUCAAGCGACGAGUGAAAUUCAGAGGAUUUCAUGUGGUGACAGAAGAAUUGUCAGAGGCGGAGGCAGAGGAGGAUUGUGGACCUCGGGAACCGAUUUCCGGAGGAGAGAGCGAGGAUACAGAAGGAUCUGACACUGAUGACGACGACUAUGUCCCCUCAAAGCCAAUAGGUAAAGUAGGCGACACAACCUCAGUGGAAUCAAGGAAAUCUCCAAGAAAACAGGCACAACCCUCAUCACCAGUUAAUGCGCUAAGUUCGGGCGAAAGCGAUGAAGGACCAACGAUGAAACGAUGGAAACCAGUGAAAUCUGAGAAAAGCAGUAAAUGGAACAUCUUAAAUUUUGUUCUGCGAAAAAAAUCGACAGACGCGGGCGAAACUUGUAUGAAGACAAAAAAACAAACCUUUCGCCGCGAUUCGAUGCUAGAGAAAAGAAACGAUGCACUACCUGUAACGCAGUCUGCAAGGGAUCCAUACGAGUUUUUCGAUGAGGACAUGGACGCCAACACAGUACAGGAUACGCCGGAGCCGUCUGUUGUAGAUAUGGAAAGGCCAACGACAAGUAGAGAAGGCAAUGCAGACUCUCAGUUUCAAGCUUCGUUAAGUCAGAAUAUUGCUGACGGAACAUCAUUACUGAACCGACGAUAUCGAGCCAUGUUAGAUGCGUUGCUCGGUAAAUACGACGCUAAUUUACCGCUUACAGCAGAGCGUCUGCUGCUGUGGGUAGGAGUACAAAGUGAAGUGCAAGGCUACCUCCAACUGGACACUUCUUGUCAAAUGGACAGUUUUGAAGCGUUUGUACAGAGCAAUUCAAGACUUUGCACUGAAAAGACGAUGGUGGAUCCAGUACUCAAAGUUCUCGAGUUCACAGAGUCCAAUCAGCUAUGUAAACUACUUGGUGUAGCUUCAAAUGUCGCCUACCGGAGAAGCGCCUCAGUCGUACUGUUGUUAAAGUCUGUGAAUGAUCAGUCAGCAACGAUAGUGCUGCCGGGUGAACUGAUCUCUCCGCGGGCACCGAAGGCGUACAGCUCAUGCGUGGGCUUUGUUGAUGGCGACGGAGGAAAAUGCUACCCGGUUCGCGCAUGUACUCCUGAGACUGAGGAACCGACGCUUGCUGAGGAGUUCGGCAGUGGAGAAGUGCUGCACUUCAGGACGAGAAAUGAUGAAAUGUGGUUUGAGCUGCUUUCUGACCCGCGGUUGAAGCUGCAGCACGCACUCGAGACCAUGCGUCAAUAUCACGUACUGCAGCAUCACUAG